AUGACGGAUUUGGCGAUGAUGAACGCAACAUUAAACAUGACACUGGGGGACAGUGGUUGGUAUGGAACUGCAGAAGAUAUCGACUUGCCUGCAGACAGCCCCGUCUUGAGGAUCAUUAUUUCGGUCAUCUACUCUGUCGUGUGCGCUGUGGGUUUAGUGGGCAACCUACUGGUCUUCUUUUUGAUGAAACCCAAACGAGGCAAGAAGAGCUCCACACUAAACUAUUUCAUUUUCAACUUGGCUUUAACAGACUUUCAGUUUGUGUUGACUUUGCCAUUCUGGGCGGUGGAUAUUGCGCUAGAUUUCAGCUGGCCAUUUGGAGACGCCAUGUGCAAAAUUAUUAUGUCUGUGACUGUGUUGAACAUGUAUGCAGGUCCUUUCUUUCUUUUAGCAAUGAGCAUCACACGUUACUGGUCAGUGGCAUCGGCUACCAAAGGCCAUUCUUGUAAACCACUGUGUUCAGUCAAGUGGGUGUGCGCUUUUCUGUGGAUUCUCGCCACUCUGGCCACCGCGCCAACAGCCAUCUUCUCCACAGUCACCAGCGUCGCCGGGGAGACACUGUGUCUCUUAAAGUUUCCCGGAGGACAGUACUGGCUGGGAAUGUACAACCUUCAGAAAAUCAUUGUCGCAUUUGUUUUCCCCAUGUUGAUUUUAUCGGUGAGCUAUUUGUUGCUUGUGCGCUUCGUGAAAAAGCGAAGCAUGAAUAACCAUGCGUCAAGACGGAAAUUGCAUCUAACCAAAUCUGUUACCAUCGUCGUUAUGGCGUUCUUUCUGUGCUGGUUGCCCAACCAUGCCAUUACGAUGUGGGGAGUGUUGGUCAAACUAAAUGUUGUCCCCUGGGAUGAUGCAUACUACAUUGUACAGACAUACAUUCACCCUGCAACCGUUUGCCUUGCCCAAACAAACAGCUGUUUAAAUCCGUUCAUCUACUGCCUGACCAGAAGGGAGUUUCGGAAGAAACUGAAACACCUUGUGCUUCAUUUGACAAACCGCUCCGACACCCUCUCUCUACAAACAAGAUCUACCCGUCAGAUGGACUAG